GGUUUGCCACUCAUUCUCUGUUUUUUUAGAGGGAGGUUCACCACUCUUAAUCUCGAUUAAUUAUAUAAUUCAAUUUUUUAGAACCAACAAAAAUAAUGAUAUUAAUUCUGAAAAACACAAAUAAUUAGUAAGUAGUAAAAUAUUAAGAACGGCCAUAGAAAUAAUUAAAAAAAAUGCAGAUGUUUAAACAAGUGGCACCUUUACACCAUUUUUCUUUUGAAUCCAUUGUUCUGAUCUGUCACCUCUUUCUCUCUCUCUCUCUCUGUAUCUCGGUUCUUCAGAAUAAUACAUUGCAAAACAUUGCAUUGUGGAAGGGGUGAUGGGGAAUUGCUGUUUUCGUGCGAUCUAGUGAGGGAAGGUUGCGAUCAGCGAUGUCAGGAGGCCAACCGUCGGGCUCGGCACAAGCCGAUAAAGAUCCGUCUGUUCGACAAUUUGUUGCGAAUGGGGUUUCCAUGCAAACAAAUGAAGUUGAAGCAAAGCUUGAUGAGGGCAAUAUUCAAGAGGCUGAAUCUGCAUUAAGAGAUGGUUUAUCACUCAAUUUUGAGGAAGCAAGAGCCCUUCUUGGAAAGUUGGAAUAUCAACGUGGAAAUGUUGAAGGUGCUUUACGAGUCUUCGAUGGCAUUGAUCUUCAAGCAGCCAUACAAAGGAUGCAACAAUCUCUAGGUGAUAAACCGAGUACCAAAAAGGGCCGUACUCGCAGCGAUUUAGCAUCUGUAGUCUCACAGAAUGCAACUAACCUUGUGCUUGAGGCCAUAUAUCUGAAAGCUAAAUCUCUUCAGAAGCUGGGAAAGUUGAGUGAGGCGGCUGAAGAGUGCAAAAGUGUGCUUGAUGCUGUAGAGAAGAUAUUCCCUGAUGGAAUUCCUGAUGUGUUGGUAGAGAAUAAGCUUCAAGAAACUGUUAGCCAUGCUGUCGAACUUCUCCCAGAGUUAUGGAAACAAGCUGGACACUAUACUGAAGCGAUGGCUGCCUACCGCCGAGCCAUACUAAGUCAAUGGAACAUUGACAACGAUCGUUGUGCAAGGAUUCAAAAAGCAUUUGCGGUUUUCUUGCUGUAUAGUGGGUUUGAGGUUAGUCCACCCAGUUUAGCUGUUCAAGUUGAGGGUUCAUAUGUACCUAAGAAUAAUCUGGAAGAGGCCAUUUUACUUUUAAUGAUUGUUAUGAGAAAGUUUUGCCUUGGUAAGGCCAAGUGGGAUCCAUCGGUACUAGAGCACCUUACGUUUGCUCUAUCUAUAUGUAGUCAAACUUCAGUUUUAGCAAAGCAACUUGAAGAGGCUAUGCCUGGAGCAAUGCAUCGUAUUGAUCGAUGGAAAGCUAUGGCACUUGCCUUAACUGGAGCUGGACAGAAUAGUUCUGCUAUAGAACUGCUGAGAAAGUCUUUACACCCGCAUGAGGAGCCAAAUGAUAUCACGUCUUUACUGCUUGCAGCGAAAAUCUGCAGUGAGAAUGUGUUUUUUGCUGCAGAGGGAGUCAAAUAUGCAGAAAAGGCAAUUGUUAAUGCACUUGAAUCAAAUCCACAUUUAAAAGGUGUUGGCCUCCGUAUGAUGGGCCUUUGCUUGGGAAAACAAGCAAAAAUUUCUUCCUCAGACUCUGAGAGAUCUCGCCUUCAGUCAGAGGCUCUGAAAUCAUUAGACAGUGCGUUAGCCUUAGAGCCUGACAACUCGGAUCUCACAUUUGAGUUGGGAGUUCAAUACGCUGAACACCGGAAUCUUGAUGCAGCUUUGAGAUACGCCAAACAGUAUUUAGAUGCCACAGGUGGAUCUAUGAUAAGAGGCUGGAGACUGCUUGCUUUGGUUCUAUCUGCCCAACAGCGCUUUUCAGAGGCUGAAGUGGUUACUGAUGCCGCAUUAGAUGAAACUUCGAAGUGGGAUCAAGGGCCACUCCUGAGGAUGAAAGCAAAGCUAAAAGUUUCUCAGUCGCUGCACAAGGAUGCAAUUGAGACUUACCGUUAUCUUCUUGCAUUGGUACAAGCUCAAAGAAAAAGUUGUGGAGCUCUUGCAAGUGCACCUCAGGUAGAGGAUGGGAAUGCAAAUGAAUAUGAAGUUUGGCAUGGACUUGCAAAAUUAUACUCUAUCCUUUCUCACUGGAAGGAUGCAGAAGUAUGUUUGGGGAAAGCCAGAACGCUGAAAGAGUAUUCUCCAGAAACACUGCACACAGAAGGUGUUAUGCAUGAAAAACAAGGGCGUAUAAAUGAAGCUUUGGCUGCUUAUAUCAAUGCCCUUUUGCUGGAACCGAAAUACGUACCUUGCAAGAUUCUAAUUGGUGCAGUUUUGUCUAAAAUGGGACCCAAGAUGUUGCCAGUGUCUAGAACUCUACUUUCAGAUGCAUUAAGGAUUGAACCAACCAAUUAUAUGGCUUGGUACCAGUUAGGCAUAGUUCACAAGGUCGAUGGGCGGAUAGCUGAUGCUGUCGACUGUUUCCAGGCAGCAUCCAUUCUUGAAGAAUCUGAACCAAUUGAGAGUUUCAGUUCCAUCUCUUGAUUUCUUUCUAACCCAAGUAUCAUUCUUUGAUUCUUUGUUAACAAAGUUUAUUUUUCUUGUUUCUGUGAUGAUGUUAUGUAGCGCCGUAUAAGCUUAAAGCUCAGUUCCAGGUGAAGGAAAAAGCUUGAUAUCAGUAAUAUUGUUCCGUCCUUGAUUUUUGUUUCUGCAGAACUGCUCGUCCUUCAGAGAUACUUGUUACUGGCAAACCCUGUAAUUGUUGAGGGGGAAAAUAUGAUAGAAGAAAAUAGAACAGAAAUUGAUAUAGUUUUUGGGAAUUGUAAUUUGUGACGUUAUGUAGUAAGUUAUUUUGGGAGCUUUUAAGAGUGGGUUCCCUUCGUUUUACAAAUCUGACCUAAUGUCUGUAACAAGAAAUUGUUCGACAUUGUUAUGUUGGUUAUACUCAGUAUCCAACAGGGUAAAAGGUGGCAGAGAGAGGGUUAAUUUUGGACCUUUUGUAUGAGGUUAAGGUUGUCUCUCAAUUCAUGCUGCCAUGAAUGAUAACAAUUUCUGUUUUAAGU